AUGUCAACAGAAGAUUAUUCCUCCCCACAAUUAAUAGACGAAGACCCAAUGUCACUCAAACCAGACCCAGAACAUAAACACAACAGAACCACCAGAGUCCUCAAAGAUAUCCUGGCUGGUACAUGUGGUGGUAUUUCCCAAGUCAUAGUAGGCCAACCAUUCGACACAACCAAAGUUCGUAUGCAAACGUCCACUUCACAAUCCACCACUGCAAAGGAAAUCAUCUCCAAAUUGAUUAAAAAUGAAGGACUCAUGGGGUUCUACAAAGGUUCAUUAAUCCCCAUCGUUGGUGUCGGUGCAUGUGUCUCUGUUCAAUUUGGUGUCAAUGAAGCCAUGAAAAGAUUCUUCCAUCAAGCUAAUGGGACCAACGCGAGAGGGAAUGAUACGUUAUCAUUGAAACAAUAUUAUAUUUGUGGGUUGACUGGUGGUGUCAUUAAUUCAUUCUUAUCAUCACCUAUUGAACAUGUUAGAAUUAGAUUACAAACUCAAACAGGAAUAGGGAAACCAGAGUUUAAUGGUCCCAUUGAUUGUAUUAGGAAAUUGUUGAAGGAGAAAAGUUUAAUGAGAGGGUUACGACCAAUGAUGUUGAGAGCUGGUCAUGGUCUUGGAUGUUAUUUUUUAACAUAUGAAGCGUUAAUCGCAAGGGAUAUUAAGAAAGGUAUGGAUAGAUGUGAUAUAUCCGCAUGGAAAUUAUGUACAUAUGGGUCAUUGUCAGGAACUGUGCUUUGGUUGUCUAUAUAUCCAUUAGAUGUCGUUAAAUCAAUGAUUCAAACUGAUACGUUACGAAAUCCAAAAUUUAAUAAUUCGAUGAGAAAAGUCAUAACACAUUUAUAUAGGACUCAUGGUAUAAGUUCAUUCUUUAAAGGGUUUGUGCCAACAAUGUUAAGGGCUGCUCCAGUAAAUGGUGCUACGUUUGUUACAUUUGAAUGCAUCAUGAGAGUGCUUGGUUGA